AUGGCUGUAGUACUUUGGGUUUUUGAAGUUCGUUGCUUGCAUAUUCCUGUUAAUGACCGAACACCAUUUAUAGAUUUGGUGAAAUUGGUGGAAAGAACUGUGAGGCUUGAGCAUGCUGCAUCUCCAAAUAGGCCAAUUUAUCUCAUAGGAGAUUCCUUUGGAGGAUGUUUAGCACUAGCUGUUGCUGCUCGCAAUCCUACGAUUGACCAAGUAGUGAUAUUAGCGAAUCCAGCAACUUCAUUUAGGUCACAGCUGCAGCCUUCACUCCCUCUCUUGGAGGCUUUGCCUGAUGAAUUUUAUGCUACAGUCCCCUAUCUUCUUAGCCUCAUAAUGGGUACAUGA